AUGACAGCCGCUCGCUUGAGCGCUGUGUUUCUGCUACUCCACUGCGCCUGCUUUGCUUCGCAUGUGGCCACGCUGAUUAUUCUUUUUACACUCAGCUGGCUGGAUUCUGGAGACUUGGGUUGGCUGAUACAGGCCAUAGGUUUGCUCGCGCUGCAAGUCUCGAUUUCCUUUGUUUGUUCCUGGACGGCCUGGAAGGAACUGAAGAGUCGGCAGUUUCCUUUCAAUCGGCUUUGCCUUUUGCCCCUGCUGCCCUUGCUAGGUCUUGGCCAGCUCAUUCAACCAUGGCUUGCAUGGAAGGAACUUCGAGCUGGUCAAGGUGCCCAGAGUCACGGCCAGAGCGUUCACAGAUACGCACAGCUUCAUAGGGGCAGGGUGAUGCAGACAGCACCUCCGCGCUUCAGUUGCAGCGGUGUGGAAGCAGUAGCGCAAGGUGCAGCCUUCGCUGCCGUUGCUCUUUGUUUGUUAACUGGGGCCCUUUGGACACCGUCUGAGCUGGAUGUGGAGAGCCGCAUGUUGCUGUGGGUUUGUGCUGGGCUUUCCCUACUAUCGGCUUGCUUGGCCUUGGUGGAGAUGGAUAUUUCACUGUCAGACACUGCUGCAGCAACCCUGUCCUCCCGUCCAGGUCGCGCCUUUCCUUUGCACUUUGGACUGCGAGCGAUUGAGGUUCUCUCACGAGUUUGGGUAUGGGCUGUGCUGAUGUCGCUGUUGUCGACUGAGCCGUUGCCCAUUGGAGGCCUGCAUUUGCUGCCCUUACUACUGUUGGUCGACUACCUGCUCACGGCAUUGACAUUUCUCGGUGGACAGGGUGGCCAAGUAGUGUGGCUGUUGGCCUUGGGUGCGAUGGUGGCGAAUCUUGCCGAGGACAGUAAAGAGCUUAGCGGAGCUAAUGGCAGUGAGGCUGCUCCUGCUGCUGAAGUACCAAAGGCAGAAGCAGAAGUGGGCGAACCAAUCGAAGCAAAAGCCACAGAUGCUGGAAACAGUGCAGAAGCAAAAGAUGUGAAAGAAGUGAAGUUUCUGUUACCUGCCAAGGGCAACUUGCCUGAAGCUCCCAUGGCUCCUGCAGACCAUCUCUACGGUGCAUCAGUGGACUUGAAGAAUGCCUAUGCGAAUGGAAGACUUCUGAAGCGUGGACCGAUCUAUGGCUAUAUGUUCCAACCCCGCUGGUGUGUUUUGACCAACUCGCAGCUCAUUAUCUACAAAGACGAGCAUCUCAGUCAACGCCAAAGCGCCGAACGCUUCACAGAGCAGAUGACAGCCACACGCUUCAGCUGUCACGAUGCCCCUGGGGAGGCUGUGAAACAUAAGUCUGAGAAGCCUUACGGAUUUGUUUUCGACUCCGUUCCCCUCGCUGGAAAGGCAAGGAAGCUAUCCUACUUCGAUGCCGAGAAUGAGGAGAUGCUGACGCAAUGGCUGCAAGCUUUCAAGCAGGCCGCUCUACGUCGAAAGGAGGCUGUAACCUUACAUUUCUACGACAUGGUGAUGGGCUCCACUCAAGGCGAAGGCUCCGUGCAGCCCUUGGGCACCGGCAACUUCCACGUGGGCAUCGAAAUCAAUGGUUUUGAAUGGAGCUACGGCUUCAGUGAACUCGGCACAGGCGGUUCAAAACCAAAUGAACAAUGUGUCCUGCAGGUCACACAAGACGCCUGUGGUCUUUGGGCUUCAUGCCCUUCGCUUCACACAAAAGCACCAUUGAAAAGCAAGCAGCAGCAAGAAGCGCAAUGCGUUUGUUGCCUGUAUUUGGGUGACUUUGUCAGUGCUGUCCCAGGUGUUUUUUCGAGCAAGCCGACCCACUGCGUGCCACACAGCUAUCGAGACGCAGUGGAGUUGGGAUACUCGACAUUGAACGAAAGCGAGAUUGAGGAACACAUAUCCAAACUGAAGGACCAAUGGCCUGGCUCUAGCUACGAUCUCCUGAAGAACAACUGUAGCAAUUUCUGCCAUACACUUUGCGAAGCUCUUGGAGUUUCGAUUCCCCCUUGGAUCCUGCGUUUGUCUUCAGCUGAAGUGCUGGGACAAAAUCUGCCUGCAGAGAAGGGCCGUCGCGGGCGUGGGUCUGCCAUCAUCAUUGCUGCGCAGGCUUUGGACCAGUGAUUCUCCAUUAUUUUAGCAUUGAUUCUCGCAUCUUUUUGAAGGUGCUUGGACGAUCCGCUUCUUGGAAGCUGGAGCCGCUGGCCUUGUCAGCGUGAGUAACGAAUUCCCACUCCGAAUCUUCAAAGAAGGUUGCCCGGGGUUUGAGAUAAUGUCCACUCAGAGCAGGCCUUUUUUAACGAGGAACGCUCAGAGUACCUGUAGCUGAAUUCCAAGAUCAUUUUACAGAGUGGUCGCUCUACGCGUGAAUUCCACAGUGUUGGAUGCUUCUGUCAGGAGAACGACUGCUUAGAAAUUGGUCUGGAAGAUGUGAGGGUGUUACAAAGGUGUUGGCAUGGAACCAAAGGUUCAUGCCACUGUGGACCUUGCCAAGUGACCAGAUUUUCAACCAUCCGGCCUUGGAUCGCGAUGACAUGGGUUCACGUCCCAACCAGAUCCCGGAAUGACAUGCCCUAGUAACAAGAAGCUACAAGGAACAAGGUGCG